AUGUAUAUUGAAUAUGUCUGUAUAUAUAUAUGUAUCCCCAGCACUCCUAGCAAGACGCCCUGUCACACUAUGCAGGAACACGCGAUGAGAUGCCUUCGGCUCUGGCUUUGGUUUCUUACAUUGCUUCCGUGCGCAUUGGCUGAUUUGGCAGUGGUGAGACCUUCAGAAGGAGCCACGUUCAGUGCCAGCUCGGGAGCCACUUCUGUUACCGUGCAGUGGGAGGACAUGGGCGGGGCUCCUGAGCUCAGUACCGUGACUCGAUACGUUUUCACACUUUGUUCAGGCCCGAGCAACGACAUUCGGGCCGUCACCACGCUCGCUACCGUCGCCGCAGCGGACAUCACGGGCACGCAAUACGCGGUGUCGAUCCCCAACAAAAGCGGUGCAGACGGACGCUACUUUAUCCAGGUUUUCGCAGAGUCGCCCGUGGGAUAUUCAAUUCACUACUCGGGCCAUUUCCGGCUCAACGGGAUGGCCGGCCCUCUCGCGCCCGUUAGAGAGUCCGAAACUGUCGCACCAACACCCCAGACAAUGAUCACCACGGGCGGCGUGCCCGCACCCAUACAAUCGGCAUCCUUCUCUGUGACGUACGCGCUGCAGACCGGUUUAUCGCGUUUCGCACCAAUGCAGCGCCAACCUCGUACCAAAGUGACUGCGACGCAUUGGACUAGACAGCAUCCAACCAGUGCAGUAACGUACUACGCUACUAUAAGACAUAGCGUCCAGCAAAUAACCACCAUCACGCCGGGUUGGGACUACACAGUUGGAAACCAAGAAAAUUGGGCCACCCCGGCGCCAUUUCCCUAUGAAAACGGUGGGUGGUACGAACGUCGCGCGCAUAUGACACUGACAACCAGGAAACUGAAUCGCAAUUGGAUCGGCAACAGUGUCACUGCAUAA